AUGAAACAAGGGCACGAGAAGAAGAGCUAUCUGAAAAUAAAGAAAGAAAGCCCUGUGGAGGAGUACCCUGAAAAACACUCGCCCAAAGAUGUAUAUUUUCUAGCUAACGAAGACUCUGCAGAAACACAGAUGGCUGCGCAGGCCAUAGUAUCCAUCAGAAGAACAGAGGUUGAGAAAGAAAGAAAAGAGAAGAACCGAAUAGCAGCAAAGAGAAGCCGGGAAAAGAAGAUGCACUACAUGCAGGACAUAGAGCACAGGCUGUACUUUGAAAACAGCAAAAACCAGAAGCUGCUGCAGCACAUUGACACUCUUUACGCCCUUUUGGAAAAGAUUUUACUAGAAACUGAGUCUCUGCUUGCAGAUAAAAAGACAGAAGUGUCAGAGAUGGCGUACAUAUUCGUCAGGUACGAUGAGUACUUCAACUUUCCCUUCCAGCACAAAAGCAUCAUCGACAGUCUAAGAUAUUUGCUGUUUUCUUCAAACAAAAGCUCUGACAUAUAG